UUUAAUCAGGAACUGUCGAGGGUGAUAAAAAAAGUAGUAAAAAUCCGGAUAAGUGAGUGAAUGGUAAUCGGAUUAUGUGUACGCGUCCGGUUUGGUCCGGCUCCUCUCUCUCUCCCUCUCUCGGACCAGUGAACAGUCUCCUCUUUUGACGUGACGAGGGAACACGCUUAUCCGACUCUCUUACUGUAGUUAUUCCCCUAUCCGAAUUACACCAAGCAUAUGAGUGACGGAAGGUCCGGCCAGUUGCAACAUGAACAUUAGCACCAGCACCAACACCUCAUCCCAGAGCCCCGCCCCAGCUUCCAGCCAGGCAGACAGCCCCCUGCCCUCAGACCACGCCGCGACAAACACGGGAUUGCGUGACAUCCAGGAAUCCACCAUAACCUCGGAGGGCAAGAACAGCGAGAAAAAUGCCGAAGAAGUAAAUGAAACCAAGAAGAAUGUUGUCAUCAAGGAGGAAUGGAUACAGCCUUUGCCCCACAUGCUGGAGCCACAAACACCUUCCCCAGUCCUUACCAAGCGGCGUCGGACGGUACUGUCCAUCGCGGAAAAAGCUGAUCUGAUACGGCGGAUGCACGAAGGAGAGUCCCAGAAGCAGCUGGCAUUGGAGUAUGGUAUCGGCACCUCUACCGUCUCGGACCUAAAGAAACAUGAAGUUGAGAUCCUGCGACACGUGGAAGCGAACGGUGAAUUCGUCGCCAGGAAUAGGAGAAAACUUGAGUCUGGGGCAAAAGCAGAUGUCGAGGAGGCCAUCUUGGAAUGGCUGUAUAAAGAGGUCAGCAGGGGACGGGAUGUGUCCUCAGCGGAGGUGAUGGCGCGGGCUCGCCAAGAACAUCAUCGACUGCGAGGUACUACAGAAUUUCGCGCUAGUACUGGCUGGCUGGAGAGGUUCAAACGACGGUACAACAUACGGGCCUUCAAGCCGGGUCAGGAGGGCAGCUGGCAACGCACUGUUCCAAGGCCUAUGUUUGGAGAGAGUUCUAAUACAAGAGGUAGGCGGGGAGGACGAUCUGCUUACACCAUGCCCACCAAAGUACGUUCGCAUGAUUCGUCGGAUCAACCUUUCGAUGGUUCAUCUCCACCUUUGCUCAAAUCUGAAGUUGAAAGUUCAGAGGAAAGUAAAUAUCUGGAGUAUAAGAUUGAUGAGCAGUUAUAUGGAGACAAUGAAUGCACCUUUCAGCCUGUAGUAAGGCUUGAAGAAGGACAUUUUGCUUUCAACAUACCCCCUGUUGAGGAAAUUCCUUCAGCCAGCGAGGCUGCUACUUUCCUUUCCAAGGCACUGGUUUGGGCGGCCGCCCAGCAAGACACUACUUCUCAAGAACUGUACGUCAUUAAAGAACUGCAGACUAAGGCAGCAAUGAGAAGCGUUGGAGAAAGUCCACAUUGACAGAGAAAAAAGUGCACUAGCUACUAGACACCAUAUUCAUGGUGUCUGAUCCAAAGACUGUUGCCUUAGUUGUAAACGUAAGUUCCUCUUCUUUCUUGAACUAACUUCUAUAUUUUUAACUGUUUAGAACCGUUGCUCUUCGGUGUUUAAAAAGUGGUGUGUAUUUUUUUACAUUUAUUCAGUAUUCAAUGAAACGUUUUAUACAUGCAAUAAGAAUAUUAGAUAAAGAAUGUUCAAGUUUGUAAAUGUUUAAAAAAUCUGAGCAUUAUUUUAAUUGCAUGUGGCUUGUGAAUACUGAUUUCCCGUGUUGAGUGGUCAGAUAGUAAGCAUUGUACGAAAUAAAUAUGAUGAACAAAA